AUGCGUGUGUGUCCCCUGCGCCGCGAUGUUUCCCUUAUCGUUCUGUUGUUUGGUCUAACACCCACCACCUUCUCGUUCUCUGCCACAUCACAUGAUGCCUCUCGCACGAAGGCCACCCGCACACACACACACACACACACACCGCUAUUCCCCGCACGACCCAUGGGCUCACCAUUGAUCGCGGUGAUCGGGCCCAACCCGGCAUUCCAGAAGACGCUCGCCCUUGAUGAGCUUCGCGUCGAUGAGGUGAACCGCGCCGCAACGGUGCACAGCUACACGGGUGGCAAGGGCACCAACUUCUGCCGUGCCUCUGCGUGCUGCAAGGAAAGCCCGCACUUCUGCAGGACCACAUUGCACACUUUUGUCGGUGGCAAGACAGGUGAGCGCGUGAUCGACUUGCUCCAUCAGGAGGGUAUCGCAGUUUAUCCUGUCACCGUGCCGGCGGAGACACGAACCUGCAUCACCUGCCUCGACACCCAGAACAGCACAAUGACGGAGCUGAUCGAACCCUCGGCGGCUGUACCGGACGAUGCUGCAAAGGACAUGGACCGAGCACUCCUCAAGGCGCUCGAGCAUGCGGGCGGCAUGGCGAUCAUGGGCAGCUUGCCAGACGGCAGCAGCCCCGACCUCUACACCCGCUGGACGGAGAUGGCGGCGGCGGCGCAGAAGCCUGUUCUCAUCGACGCCGUCAAGGGGAUCGAGGCUUCGCUGAAGGUGCCAGGCGUCCACUCGAUCCUAAAGGUGAAUAUGAGGGAGCUGAACAAGCUCACGGGCCAGUCCACCCCGGAGAGCGCGUUCGAGUACGCUAUGCAAAUGUGGACAGUGCGUGUGCUGGCCGUCACCGAUGGCCCUCGCUCUGCGUACAUCCAAGAGCGGGGCCAGCCUCUCCAAGUCGUUCACAUACCAAAGGUGGACGGCGUGGUGAGCCCGCUCGGGGCCGGCGACACGGCGGAUGCCAUUUUUCUCGCCAAGUACAUUCACGGCACAACCCCAGUAGAGGCGUUCCGGUUGGCCCUGGCUGCGGCCUCUGCCAACUGUCUUCAAAAGGAGGCCGGCGUCUUUGCGCAACAUGAGAUGAGACGUAUCGCCGACGGCAUCACGAUCGGGUCAUCGCGCCCACACAGCUCGUCCAACACACGCGCCUAG